UUAAAAGGUUCAAAGACUUGAAAAACUGAGAGAGAUAGCAAUCAUGUCGUUAAAGAGCUGGACAUUUUGAUAGUUUGAUGGUGUCUGUAGCUGUAAUGGUACGAACACACCAAACGCGUAUCUCGCGUAAUUUUUACGCGCGUAACGCAGCUAAAAUGUUGCUUGACCAUUUUGUGUCAAAAAUGGUCCUACGCAUACGCUCCUAACGCGCCUACGCUCCUAACACGCCUAGAUGAGUCCAUGUCCAUGCAAGUGAACGGAGCGUUCCCUCUUCGUCAUAACUAUCAAACCAAACACACAUUCACCGAGCGAACAUUAUGAAAGUAAAAUGCACAUUUCUCGCUAAAAAUGUUUCCAUAAAAGCAUUUAAUGGCGUUACUAUGUUACUAUUUCCACACAGAAUAAAGAAAGAUGUCGGCCGUAUGCUUAUGUCCAAGCUCACUACUCUCUGCCAGUGACGUCGGGUCAAACUCAACGCUGAUUGGGCAACGCGGCUAAUCGUCAUGCGUAUGAGCGUAAAAAGUUCAAUUUUUUGAACUCCUCGCGUACGCGCGUAUAUGUACGCGCGUAUAUGUACGCGCGUAUAUAUACGCGUGUAAAUAUACGCGCGCAAAUAUACGCGCCUCAUACGCGGCUAACGCGGGUAAAAUGUUGCUUUAGCGCAUGUAACGCGUGUAAACCAAUGGUUCCCUAUGGAAAAAUUGACGAUUUUAUACGCGAGGUAAGCGGGUAACGCGUUUGGUGUGGCCGUACCUUAAGUAUGCAGGAGCAGUUUAAUGCACAAAAAACAGGCAAACGGAAGAAGGAAAACUCAUAAAGAACAGUAGAUGUGCUUGCAGCAGAGGUGUAUAGUAACGAAGUAGAUGUACUUCGUUACACUACUUAAGUAUUUUUUUUGAGGAUUUGUACUUUACUUGAGUUUUUUUUUUUAUCAGGACUUUUACUUUUACUUCACUACAUUUAUAAGUUAAAUAAUAUACUUUUACUUCGUUACUUUGACAUUUGCCACCUCGUUACUCGUUACAAAUUAAAACAGUCUCUGCAUGAGAUUCCGAGAGGACGAGAAGAACCACGUACGGUACUCUCGCGAAGAAGGUAUAAAUACGGGAUGCGCGCACCGCGCGGGGGCGGCAGAGAGAUCACUACAAACAUGGCAGCCGCAGAGCAUGUGGAUGAGGGAGACACAGAAGACGACGCACAGAGUUCAACAGAAGUCGACGACGGACACCCGUGGUCAUACCUGGAAAGUAUGUUCAGCUACCUCGGGAUGCGGGCAAAUUCCUACCGAAUGAAGUGCAUGUUAUGCCUUCCGAAGUGCCACGAAAUAAAGGCCUUCAAAAGCUCCCCGUCCAACCUCAAAAAACACAUCCAAAGAGCACAUCCACAACAUCUAAAGAAAUAUGAGCAGCUGACCUCACAAAAAAGAAAGAGGGCUUCGGAAGCUGGGACCUCCACCCUCAAACAGACCACGUUGCUGGCUACCCGAUCCAUAUCUCAGAGUGCUGUUGACAGGGCCAUUGUUAAGUAUGUUGUCAACAAUCUCCAGCCAUUGUCAACUGUCGAGAAUGAAGCCUUCAGAGAGCUUCUCACAGAUCUUCUUCCUACUGCCAAAGUCAUCACACGGGUCACCCUGCGAUCAAGGAUUGAAGAUUUAGCAAAGUCUAUGAAAAACGUGUUAACUGAGGAGAUGAGUAAAGUGGACCACAUCGCCACCACUACAGACUGCUGGUCAGUUAGGAGAAGGAGCUUCCUUGGUGUGACUGCUCAUUGGGUGAACUCUACAGACCUAACUAGACGAUCAGCAGCCCUAGCUUGCAGACAGCUAAGAGGUUCCCACACCUUUGAUGUUUUGGCCACCGCACUCAAUGACAUCCAUACUGAAUAUGGCAUCAGGAACAAAGUUGUGAGGACAACAACCGAUAAUGGCUCCAACUUCCUGAAGGCUUUUCAAGUUUUUAGUUUGGACAAAAACAAUAAUGAAGCAGAAGAGAAAGAGGAUGAGGAAGGGAAUGAGAUGGAGGGAGUGGAAUUUGUUGACAUGACUUCAAUCCUUGUUGAGAAUGAUGGCUUUGAGUUUGAGCUUCCGAAACAUCAACGAUGUGCUUGUCAUCUGCUCAACUUGGUGUCUACAGUUGAUGCUGAAAAAGCAACAGCCAACGAUGGAUACAAAAAACUGCAACGCUCAACAUUCAGCAAGUGUUAUGGGCUGUGGAAUAAGUGUGGAAGAUCCUGCCAAGCAGCUGAAGCUGUGGAAGAUGCCUGCUCCCUCCAGCUGCUACGACCAAACGCCACCAGGUGGAACUCAAUGUUUAUGGCUGUGGAAAGGCUCCUCAAGAUUCUGAGAGAGAAGGGAGAGCCAGCUUUGAGAGAGAUCUGUGCAGAAUUGAAGGUGCCAAUGUUUCAUCCAGUUGAGCUCACUUUCCUAAAAGAGUACUACACCACCAUGAGCCCUGUUGCCCAGUCCAUCAACAUCCUCCAAGGAGAAGUGGAAGUCCAGAUGGGAUGGCUUCUUCCGACUAUUUCCUUGCUGAGCAGCAAACUGGAAAAAAUAAAGAUUGCACUGAAGCACUGCAAGCCGCUGGUUGAAGCCAUUCAAGUGGGCAUCCAGAACCGUUUUGGUGAAAUGUCAAGAGACCCUGAAUUGGUUGCUGCAGCGAUUCUCAUCCCAAAAUUCAAAACGGCCUGGAUCAAAGAUGAUGCUACACUGAAAAACGGGUUGGACUACAUCAGGGAGCAGUUGGAGGAUCCUUCUAUUUCAGCAGAGGCUGGAUCUGGCUCAUCUGAUGAGGGAGACUUCUUCCACAUCCUGAAAAGUUCCCACAAAACACCAAGCGCCACCAAGCAGCUUGAUUCGUACCUGGCCUACUCAACAGACGACAUCAAGAUUCUCAAGACGUUUCCUGUGGUUCUCAAGUUGUCUGUCAAACUCAACACACCUCUGCCUGCUUCUGCAGCUUGCGAAAGGCUGUUCAGCAUAGCAGGUCUCAUCUUCAGCCCAAAAAGAGCACGGCUAGCUGCAGACACUUUUGAAAAUCAGCUUCUGCUGAGGAUGAACCGCAAGUUCAACUUCUCCACUUGAACCAGAAAGUUUGUUUGUGUGGUGUUACUGUGCCUCAGCUCAUGAGGAUUCCCCCAACAUAGUUAAAAAGUGGUUCUUAUGUUAAAGACAUUGUUUAUUUUUGAGUGGUAUUCUAUACCACAUUUCAUUCACCUGAAAAAGUGAAAUAAAAAACAAGGGGAGAAUAAUUUUGGGUUGUUUUGCUUCCUUUCAUGCGUACUAUAAAAUACUUGUACUUGUACUUUUGAUACUUGAGUAUAUUUUUUCACAAGAUACUUUUGAUACUUAAGUACAUUUAAUGUGAGCUACUUUAAGACUUUUACUCAAGUACAUUUUUUUUUA